CAUGGAGACCAUCUGGAUCUACCAGUUCCGCCUCAUCGUGAUCGGGGACUCGACGGUGGGCAAGUCGUGCCUCCUGCACCGCUUCACGCAGGGCCGCUUCCCGGGGCUGCGCUCGCCCGCCUGCGACCCCACGGUCGGCGUGGACUUCUUCUCCCGCCUGCUGGAGAUCGAGCCGGGCAAGAGGAUCAAGCUGCAGCUGUGGGACACGGCGGGGCAGGAGCGCUUCAGAUCAAUAACUCGAUCUUAUUACCGCAACUCAGUUGGCGGAUUUUUAGUAUUUGACAUUACCAACCGACGAUCUUUUGAACACGUGAAAGAUUGGCUGGAAGAAGCAAAAAUGCACGUACAGCCAUUUCGGAUUGUAUUUCUGCUGGUGGGACAUAAAUGUGACCUGGCUUCGCGACGUCAGGUUACAAGGGAAGAAGCUGAAAAGCUGUCAGCAGACUGUGGUAUGAAGUAUAUAGAAACCUCAGCAAAGGAUGCCACAAAUGUGGAGGAAUCCUUUACAAUCCUGACCAGAGACAUAUAUGAACUUAUCAAAAGGGGAGAGAUUUGUAUUCAAGAUGGCUGGGAAGGGGUUAAAAGCGGCUUUGUUCCAAAUACGGUGCAUUCUUCUGAGGAAGCGGUAAAACCCAGGAAAGAAUGCUUCUGCUGACUUCCCACAGGCCAGAGGACUCCCGUGAACAGACUGGGUGUCAUCCCAGGAUCAAUACCAAUGUUAACUUCAGCAGGAGACGCAAUGGCAGCAUUUAGGACACAGUUAUAAAUCGAUGCUAAUGCUAUUUUGUAAGGUAUUUAAUGCAGAGCCCUAUGCUCGCUGGUGACACUACCAGAUUGGGGGUUGUGCUAAAUUAUCAGGCAAAGCAGACAACCUCUUCUUGAAACUGGAGUGUCUCCGGAAUGAUCCCCGUUCUCCCUUUGUUAGCACAUAGCUAACCUUAACGUUCACGUAUACCAAUAUUACUCAUUUUUCUUGACAGUUUGAAAUGGGUUUUUUGUGCAUAUAUAAUCUGAUCGAAAAGAUUCUAUCAGGAAUUACGUUCUCCUGAGCUCAUCUGUUAAUGCAGAAUAGCAAAGCGGAUUUAAAAGUGCAGUGUUUGCUUACAAAGGAAACGAUCUCAGAGGUAUCAUCAACUAGGACGAAAAUAGUAAUUCCAUAUUUAAUGUGCCAGAUUUUAAACCAUUCUUUGAAAUAUUUAUCCUCCCUUAAUUUGCCUGAACGUAAGAAAAUAAGUUUUAUACUCAUUUUUGUUCUCUGAUUUCUUGCUCUUGAUAGAUUUAUGUUUUGUAAAGAUAUCUAAGGAUCCAAGCAAAAUAUUUUAUCGCAAAUAUUUGUAAAAAUAAAAACGAAGGACCAUUCAUCAGCAAGUGUUUUGAUGUUAUAGUAUAUUGUCCUUAUUUAGACAAGAAAAGUUCGUUUAUAUACCGACAUUUUCAAAGAAAGUAAAUGCAAUUUACCUUGAACUGUUGUCAAAAUUAUCAGUAUAGGUAAAUAAGGAAUGUUUUUAGUGAUCGCUUUUUUGUCCAAUUAAGUUUCUGAAUUUCCCGGUUCUGGGACAAGAAAAGUAUAGGAAAGAAAGAUUUUUCUGCAAGGAAGAUUGGUUAGAUGUUUGAUAUAUUUAGCAUUCAAACUGCGUUUCAGUAAAAUUAAAGAUAGAAUACUGAGUUAAGGCUAUAAAAUGACUUUUGAGUUUUCUAAUUUUUAACUUAUUGAUUAAAUUCUCCUCCUGGAAGGGACAUUUUGAUAACAAUAGUUUACAACAUACAUUUCUGUUCUGUUCUGUGAAGCAUUCCCAAUCACAAAGGGGCACCAAAUGCAGCCACCUUUUUGGAAUUAUGAGGUUUACUGUCAACCUACAGUAUCUUCAUUUGUUUGAAAACCAAAGUGAUAUGGUGGAAAGAAUAUUUAACGAGAAAUCAGAAUACCUGGGUUCUAAGCUUGCCUUUGCUGUACCGGUAUCUGAACACGAGUGAGUCACUUAACCUUGCUAAGCAUCCAUUGUCUUAACUGUAAGAUGAGAAUAAUAACCCCAUUUAUUGUGUUUCAUGGACUAAUUUUGAGAAUCAAGCGAAUCAUGUGACAAAGCUUUGUAAACAGAGAAAGCAUUAUGCAAAUACAUAAUGAGCUUGGUCUCAGUUGCUCACGGGCAUACUAUUAUAUUUACAAUGGAUGAAAAUGUUGUUUUCUCAUAUUCUUUCCCAUUUCCACAUUCUGCAGAGGGAGCAGAGGAAGGUGCAGGCUUUCCUGGACCUGAGGGAUCUCUUGGUUUCAUGUAUGCCCUGUGCCCUCGUGCCCUGAAACACUGCUCCUCCCAAGUGGAAAUGAUUGGGAGGGAAAUCCCAGGAGACAUAACUCCAUCCGGAAUCAUGUUUGAAUGUGGUUUUGUGCAUCUUUGAAGUAGAUAUUUGAUUAUAUUUUAAAUAAUUGUACAUUUUCUAGGUUCAUGGAAGUAUUUUUAAUAGUGCUUAUGGAGAGAAGAAUAUAAAUUAUAACAUCACUAUAAGAUUUUGAAUAGUUGUAUUGUCAACAUUUUCUUGAUCUCCUUGCAUUCGUUUCACUUGAGUGAGUUCAAACUGUAAUUGAUCAGGUAAGAAUACCUGUCCCCGCCAAAUGUGAAACAAUUUAUUUUUACUGCUACCGUUUUAAAUCUUACGUUACAGUUUUGCACCAGUCCAAAAUGGCACCAACUCAAAAACUGGGUAUCUCACAACAGUUUAAAGUUUAAACAGGCACCUGUGCCUACUUGUGAAGUUAAACAACUAAAAUAUAAAAUAUGAUUUAACUUCUGGACACCCUUUACAAUACUAAUGGUGGGGUAAAACAAACAUUCAGGCUAAAGGGUUCUGAUGUUUUUCAAGACUUAGAAUAGAACUAAGGAGGCAGAAGAAACAAACGGAAAUGCAGGACCCCCAAAGUUGAUGCUUAACCAAGAUCACACAUGAGCAGAAGCAAGCCUAGAUCUCUAGUUCUCCUUAUACCUUAGUUGGGGUUCUUUUCAUUACCAUGCUGUGUCAGGUGUGUGUGUGUGUGUGUGUGUGUGUGUGUGUGCUGAAGAAAAGGGAAAAUGUGAUCUAACUGAAUCCACAAAAUUCUAAAAUUGGCCAUAUAAUUUUGAGGUUAUGGAAGAGUGGUUUGUGGUACAACAAUAUUAAAAUGAACAAUAACUACAAAGAUCUGAGUUCUUAUGCAAGGUUGCCAAAUUUCUGUAUAACCUUAGCCAGAUAUCUUUAUCCAUAUAGAUAUAUCUAUAUAAAAUAACUGACCUAUUUUCUUACACAUCGUUAUGGAGAAUGUGGAUAGUGACACCGAGAUAGUAAAAAUGUUUGCUCCAGGCAAAACAUUUUGACUAAGUGUCUUAGAAGUCAGGUAUACUUGAAUCAGAUAUCAUUGAUAUUAUUUCAUUUCAAUUAUUCAAUUUAAAUUUAAACCUAUUUAAAUUUAAAAUUUAAAACUAAUGGAUGAUGUAGCUAAUUACUAACUAUUUUUAAUAAACAUGAUAAAAAGGAAAUGAAAAACUAUCUAAUCAUAUGAUACCCUUUCCCUGAGAAAUGCUUCUCCUCUUGAACUGUAUUAACA